AUGGGCCUCGUCAAGGAGAUCCUGGGCGACGUCUUCCGCCUGGUCAGGCACGCCCUGUGCGAGGUCGCCGUCUUCCUGCGGGGCCUCUUUGGCGGCGUCUCGGGCUUCCUCUGCCACCUUCUGCUCGACAUCGAGCAGCUGCUCUGCUCGAUCCUCGGCGGCCCGCACCACUGCCUCGGCGCCGUCGACAAGAUUGGCUGCGCCAUCGGCAAGGUGUUUCCGGCCAUCGAGCAGAGCGCGUUGUGCCUCUUCGGCCACAUCCAGCGCAAGGGCGUGGACAGCAAGGGCGCGCUCAAGCUUUGCCUGCACGAGGUCUCUGGCAACUUCCUCUGCAAUCUCUUCACCGAGCUCAAGGGCUUCCUUGAGAUGGUUGCCAAGGCCGUCGGCUGCACACUGUCCGACGUCUUCGCGGCGGUCCGGAUGAUCCUGAAUGGCGUCGCGUGCGAGACAAGCAAGAUUGUGAGCUACAUCCUCGCCAACGUGGGCUGCCUGUUGGAUGGGAUCAAGAAAGCCAUCGGCUGCCUCCUCAAGAAGGUGCUGCCGGCGGGGCUCUUCUGCGGCAUCGAGAAGCUCCUCUCCACCAUCCUUUGCAGCGUCGCCAACCUGGUCGACCUGCGCAAGCUCUUCCGCGGGAUCUGGGGCCUCGUCAGCGAGGUGCUCUGCUUCACCAAGUUCCUGCUCGCGGGCGUCGGCUGCCUCGUCCGGGAGAUUCUCACCGAGAGCGGCGAGCUCGUCAACGGCGUCCUCUGCAAGACGGGCAAGGUUGUGCACAACACGCUCGAGCUCGUCAAGGAGGUGGUGGGCGACGCGCUGUGCUACGUGCACGGCCUGCUGCAAAAGGUCGGCUGUUUCGUGGAGGAGCUGCUGGGCAGCAUCGACACCUUCCUCUGCUGGCUCUUCACCGAGGUGUCCAAGCUGGUGGGCGCCAUCCUGCACGGCGUUUCGUGGAUCCUCGGGCAGGUCAACAAGAUCUUCCCUGCGAUCUGUGCGCUGCUGCCGGGCAUCGACUGCAUCGUCAGCGACAUCCUCUCGGGCGUCGCCUGCGUCGUCCAGGACGAGCUCGAUCAGGUCAAGCUGCUUCUGGAGUCGAUCGGCUGCGCCGUGGCGAAGAUUCUGAAGCCGAUCCGGUGCUUCCUCGAGAUGAUCGCCAAGGAGGUGGGCUGCACGGUGAAGGAGGUCUUCUGCGCCGUCAAGGCGCUGCUGUGCGGCGUCGGCGGUCUGGUCGGCAAGACGCUCAGGAUUGUGCAGUGCAUCCUCGCCAACGUCGGCCGGCUCGUUCAGGACGUGCUCGCGGGCGUCGUCUGCUUCCUGCAGAAACUCAACCUGCCGUCGAUCGGCGAGAAGAUCGCGGCGCUCGUCGGCACCAUCGUCUGCGAGGUGAGGGACCUGGUGGACCUGCGCGGACUCUUCUGCAAGAUCGCGGCGCUGCUGCACGGCAUCUUCGACUUCACCUGCUGCCUGCUCAAGAAUGUCGAGUGGCUAGUCUGCACCAUCCUCGGCGACGUCACGGCUCUCGUCCGCGACGUGCUCGGAUCGGUGCUGCACGAGCUGUGCGUGAUCCUGGAGGACGUGGCCGUGUUUGUGUACUGCACGCUCGGCGGCGUCAACUGCCUCGUGUCGGCCAUCUUCCACGACGUCAUCUGCCUGCUCAAGGGGAUCCUUUGCCCGAAGCACGACUGCUGCCCCGGGACGGCCAAGAGAAUGGGCUUCUGCUUCGUGUUGACCUGCUCAACGGGCUCAACAUGGCCUUCGAGCCCUGGCUGGGAUACAUCAAGUGCGGUCCGGGCUACGGCCUGCUCGCGGUCCAGGUCAAGCCCUUUGGCGUGCCGCUGA